AUUUAUAUAGGAUGUCUCUUUUUGCUUAAAUGGAAAAGAAUGCCUAAUUUCAGGCUGAGCUCUAGAGAUACGAGGAGCAGGCUGACUUUCUGUUUCGAAAAUAGAGGAUGGAAAGAAUUGAAUCCUUUACAGAUCAAUUUGAAUUUUUGGCGAAUGAAUAUCCUUGUGCUGUUUAUUACUAGGUAGAGAAGUCAAUUGAUUAAUAUAGGGAUUGAUAUAUAAUUCAGUCUAUGCUGCAUAUUAAUCUGCAAGAACCCAGGAUGAGGAAAUGAGAUAGAAAUUUGUGAAUGUAAAUAUGAAUUGUGAGUGAAAUAGGCAUAAUCAGUUCAGGAAGUCUAUCAGAUAGCCUAGCAUAUAGAUGAUCCCCCACAUUGGACGAAACAAAGACUGCGAAUAAUGGAGGUGUUGUUGCGUGAUAAGUUCAGGAGGAAUGCCGACAUCAGAGAUUCAUUGAGAGCCACAAAUAACUAUUAAUUGAUUCACACAUUUACACAUUCCACUCCAAGCAAUCAGUAUUGGGGAGUAGUGGAUGGAAAGGGUCAGAACUAAAUAGGAAGAUUACUCGAACAAAUCAGAACUGACAUUAAUAAUUACGAGGAUCAAGACAAGUGGUUAUUGAUGACAUUUCCAAUUGAAUAAGAGUCAAAGAUGAUUCCUAAGGUGGAGUUGAAGGUUUUGAAAGGUAAAUACAUAAAAUUAAUAAAUAGAGGGGGAGAAUUUGCCUAAAAUUGAAAUGAAACAUUCAGCCUUCUUAUAUUUCGGAUCUCAUCAAAGAAAUCAUGUUCAUUUGGCACAUCCUUCUAUAUCCAGGAGACAUGCAGCUAUUUUUAUCAAUAAUUAAUCAUAAGUGUGUUUAGUUGAUUUGGGUUCGAAGGGAGGCACUUUUCAUAAUGAAUAAUUUGUUGAACCCCAUUUACCAGUGGUUUUGGCUAAUGAAGACAAGAUUAAGUUUGCUAAGAGUACCAGAAUAUAUUAAGUGUUAAUAUCUUAUGAUGAUUGUAAGAAGUGGUUGAAAGAUAAAAUUGAGAAGUUACGAAAUGACUUAAAACAAUUGGAACGAAUCAACAAGGGAAAGAUGAGUCAAGAAGAGUUGAAGGCUACGUUAUCAGGAGCCAUUGAAGAUACAAUUCUGAUAAAGAAUUUACCUGAAAAAGCUAGUCAUUUGGAAUUGAUGGAAUUAUUUAGAAAGGAAGGCAAAAUAAAAGAAUUGAAAAUUCCAAUUGAUCGUCAAACAGGUAAUACCAGAAAUGUAGCAUUUGUUAGAUAUGAAAAUGAGAGAGAUGCUAAAAGAUUAAUCAAUGACAGAAACAAGGUAUUUGAGUAUAAAAAUGAAAAACUCAAAUUAAAAUUAGUUGAUUAUGCUUAUGUUGAAAAGUUCUAAGAGGAAUUGAGAUGGGGAAUCACUGAAUAAAUGCCAUAAUCAACUCAACAACAAUAACAAUAAUAAUAAUAAAUCCAAUAACCACCCUAAUUAGUUUAACCAACUCUUACAAAGCCAGUUGAAAUCAAAUAAAAAGUACCAGAAAGCAGUAGUUCUUCUGAUUCUGAUAGUGACUCAUCGUCUGAUUCAUCUUCAGAUUCUAGUAGAAGUAGAUCUAAAAGGAAGAAGCACAAAAAGCAUAGACAUAAAAAGGAUAGACACCACAAGAAGCACCAUAAAAGAUGAUAUAUAUUUAUUUAAUAAAAUAUCUUCGAC